AUGGCGUGGCGCUUGGUGGUGCUGAGCAGCCACGCGCCCCUGGCGGCGCUGGUGGCGGAGCAUGUGGAAGAGAUGGUGCCAAUGGAGGUGGUCUACUAUGGUUCCUGCUACCUGUGCGAUCACACUGCGACCUGCCGCACGCGCCACGUGCCCAGCCGCGCUGACGGCGCUUGCACUCUGUGGCACCACCCGGACGAGGCGACGCCCAAGGCGUGGCUCACGGCGGUGGAGGAUGUGGCACGGCGGGAACGCGACAUGGCGCAGCUGGUGAUGUGCUUCGGCCUGGCCUUGUGCCCUGGACUCAGGUUCGAUGUGUUGGGCAUUCCCAGGAUCCAGAUUCUGUGCAUGAACCCGCUGCAGGGAACACCCUCACCACUGGCCCCCUUGAUGCUGCUGGAUCUACGACGACGAGUCUUCGAAGAUCGGGACAACGACCAGAUCUUCGUGACCAACGGCGUCACUCGCGCUCUCCUGGGCUACCACGCCGGCGCCGACGUGGCGGCGCGCGUGGCGGUGACGACGUUCUUUCGGAAGCGACUCAUGGACUGGAGCCGUGCCGUCCCCUUCGGCGGCGCCUCCAGGAGCGGCGUGCUUGACGACCUGACGGUCUUGCUCUCCUCCAGCUUCAUCCUCCAGGUGCACAGCGACGCUUCGACAGUCUCUUCGGUGUACUUGGCCUUCCGCUUGGCGUUGCAGGAACUCCUCAAUGCGUUGGGGUUUGAGAUGGCCGAACACCGACAGGACCCAGCAGGCCUUGACGUGUUCUGGACGCUUCAGAGCUCUGGUGAUGUGGCCGGCUUUCUGCAGCAGCUGGGCUACUGGCUUAGCGCUACACGUGUGGAAAGCAUUGGAAAGCGAGAUUGGCAUGCCCUCACCGUCUACAUCCCAGAGCAUCCCUACAAGAACUACUUCAACGAUGCCCGGCGCAAGUACUAUUCUUGGCGGAACGUUGGGGAUCUCUACGCCAUGCGCUUGCCCAUCUACCUUCCCAGCAUCGACUUCAUCGCCCGCUUCUGGCCCGAGGUGAGAUCGCUGGACACGGCCCAGUGCUACGACGGCUGGUUCGAUCGGCGCUUGCCCCGCACGCGCCUCACCGAGCCGAGCGCCGAGAGCGAGAGCCCUCUGCCGGAGCCCUUUGACCUGAGCGAUGGGGGGCUACGAGAAAGUGAGGCAUCCGAGAAAGACCCAAAAGGAAAGCGAAGUGUGAGGGAAUGCCCUGGUGGUGGCAUGCUGUGA